CGAAACGCAAGAGGUAGCAAGGAAAUCAGCAGCGUUUCGUGUGGCCUUGGGCGACUGAAAAUACAAAUAAAAUACACAUCGAAGGCUUUUGGACCAUCAAAACUAAGCAAGGACUGAGAGCAUCCACUUKCAAUUUGAGGAUUGAGGACACUUUAACGACAYUCGUUCGCACGCAGAUAAAACCCUUUCAAGCAUUUGAGGUGCACGGAGAAAGAAAACGAUAAACCUUGGGACCUAGUCAUGUCUCGCAGAAGAAGUCGCAGUUCCUCUCCCGUGCGAUUCUCACGCACCUGCAACAGUAACGAUCCAAGAGAUUUGGAGAGAAGAAUUUUUGUCGGAAAUUUGCCAACGUCCGACAUGACACACAAGGAUUUGGAAGACCUGUUCGCCCCAUACGGGAAGAUUAUUGGCGUAUCCCUGUUGCGAGGGUAUGGAUUUGUUCAGUUUGAGCGCAUUGAAGAAGCUGAAGCUGCAAGAGCGGCUCAAAGAGGGCGAAUGUAUAGAGGUUACAAGAUAGAUGUAAAUAUGGCAGUGGAACGACGGCAAGCUAAACCUCAAUCCCAGCAGAGCCCUCCACGAAGGGCCCCGCCCCGUCCUCGGUCACGCUCACCUGUUUAUUCACGUGAUGGACGUGAGCCUCGUAAUGGACGUGAACCCCGGGACAGCCGUGAUGCAAGAGACCCUGGUAGAGAUCUUGGAAGAGACCCUGGUAGAGAUCUGGGCAGAGAUCCUGGUAGGGAUCUGGGCAGAGAUCCUGGUAGAGAGCCCAGACCAGAAAGCCAUUCUCGAGACCCUGAUUAUCGUUAUCGGUCAGGGAGCAGAGACAAGGAUAUUAGGGGCCCUCCGCGGGAUCCUGCGUACAGAGAGGAGUAUGAUCGGUAUUACCGCGGUGGCAGUGCUGCUGAGGAGUAUUACAGGAGGAAGGAAGAACCCUUCAGGGAACCCUUUUUAGAUCCCUGGAAUGGACGCCGUGAGCCAGAUGAUCGAGCUCGACCUGAGGAGCGUCGUCGUAAUGAACUGUAUCGACAGUACUUUGAGGAACUCCAGCGGCGCUAUGACACCGACCGUCCUGUUGACUGCUCUGUGAUUGUUGUCAACAAGGUUCAAAAUCGGGAGUACGCGGAAACAGUCGGGCGGAAAGUCCGGGAUUUGGGAAUGGUGGUGGAUCUGAUUUUCCUCAACACAGAGGUGUCCCUUACUCAGGCUCUUGAGGAUGUAGGCAGAGCCCGCACUCCUUUUGCCAUCAUCAUUACCCAGCAGCACCAGGUGCACCGUUCCUGCACCGUGAACAUCCUGUUUGGCACCCCUCAAGAGCAUCGCAACAUGCCUAUGCAAGAUGCCAUGAUGCUGGUUGCCCACAACUACGACACCUACAAAGUCGAAAAUCGUGAAAAAGAACGUGAAGAGAUUGCCAGGAAGGCUGCCAAGAUGGCAGAUGACGUGUUACUCCGAGAGGCCGACAGAGAGAGCCAUCCCACUUCAGUGCUCACUUCCAUCACUCUGCUCUCUGAAAACAGGUUUUUAACCCCUGAGGAACUGGACCGUCUCAUUGCAUACCUACAAGACAAAAGAGCCCGCCUUGUUCGAGGCUCAGCAGAACCUCUUGCAGCUCCAGUUAGCAUUGGACCUUCUGCAGGAGCGCAUCACGAUGUCCCACCAUCGGCUGCAGGACUUCCUCCACCGUCUCGCCCUCCCGCUUCAUCGAGUCAUCUGUCAGCCAGUUCAAGUGCUCCAGCUAACCCGAAUCAUCAGCAGGAGCUUCAAGCUAAAAUCCUCAGUCUGUUUAACAGCGGCUCGGGGCCGUCACCAGGAAACAGCGGUGGAAUUCCUUCUGCUGGUGCCCCCCAGCCACACCCCUACAGCUCCACUGGUCCUUCGCAGAAUCCCUCCCGCCCACCUGGUCCUCCUCCAGCCUCAUCCCAGAGCUACAGCUCCCCACCAGGCCGCAUGCCCGGAGCGUCAGCUGCCCAGAGACCCCCCGUGGCAGCCUCGUGCAUCAAUCUCGACAACCCUAGUGUCCAGAAAGCUUUGGACACACUCAUUCAAAGUGGACCGUCCUUCAAUAAUUUAGUGGGCCCAGGGUCCACUCAGCAGCCACCCCCCAGACCAGCACCCAGCAUGGGCCAGGCCCCGCCCAUGCCCAUGUAUCCUCGCCACUACUGAUGAGCUGUAAUGAAAUUGUGUGGUUCUGCUCUCCUGUUACAAGUAGACACCACAUCCCUGUCUCUGUAACUGAUUUACCAGCUUUGUAUCUGUGGACCGUAGAGCCUUUUUGUAAAGGUUUUUAUUUUUUCCCCCCUAAUUUGUUUGUAUAAUUGGAAAAUUUACUCAAACCCACAUAAUGGUCUUUUUUUUUUUUUUCAAAUAUUUGCCUGCAGAAUUUUACUGUCUUUUUACAAACCAGUUAAACAGUGGGAUUAUGAAGUACCUUUUGGUUUUCCAUUUGUUGUCUGUUAAGCAUUUUAUAGUUUUGAACGGUGUUGUUUCAUUUGUACAUUGUUAGCAUUGUCCAAAUAAAACAUGAUUAAAAACUCCAGACACA